AUGACGUACGCCUUUCAAACUCCAGAAAAAUUAUGCUUCAUAUUAGAUUUAAUGAAUGGUGGUGAUCUACACUAUCAUCUUACACAGCAUAAUAUCUUCUCUGAAUCAGAAGUACGUUUUUAUGCAGCUGAAGUUAUCCUUGGUUUGGAGCAUAUGCAUAAUAGAUUUGUUGUAUAUCGAGAUUUAAAGCCAGCUAACAUACUUUUGGAUGAAUACGGCCAUGUUCGAAUUAGUGACUUGGGAUUAGCAUGUGAUUUUUCGCGUCGUAAACCUCAUGCUAGUGUUGGCACACACGGUUACAUGGCUCCUGAAGUAUUACAGAAAGGCUGCCCGUAUGACUCUUCUGCUGAUUGGUUUUCACUCGGUUGUAUGCUUUAUAAACUGUUAAGAGGUCACAGUCCAUUCAGACAUCAUAAAACAAAGGAUAAACACGAAAUUGACAGAAUGACUAUGACCAUGAGCCUUGAUAUUCCUGAUGGUAUGUCUUGUGAAAUGCGAUCACUUCUAGAAGGUUUACUGGCACGUGACGUAUGCAACCGUUUGGGAUGUAUGGGGCGUGGAUCUUUGGAAGUUCGUGAACAUCCCUUCUUUAAAGGAAUAGAUUGGCAACAAGUGUAUUUACAAAAGUAUCCACCACCGUUAAUUCCACCUAGAGGUGAAGUAAACGCUGCAGAUGCUUUCGACAUUGGCUCAUUUGAUGAAGAGGAUACCAAAGGCAUAAAGCUUACUGAGGCUGAUCAAGCAUUGUAUCAAAACUUCUCACUUGUUGUGUCUGAACGUUGGCAAUUGGAAAUAGCUGAAACAGUAUUUGAUUUUGUAAAUCAAGAAGCAGACAAAAUUGAUGCUAAAAGAGCUCGUGCUCGACAACGUUCUACACAGACAGUUGAUGUUCCAAGCAGUGGAGUUACUUCGAGUACUGGAAACUUGUCGAACUCUGGGAGUGGUGGAGUUUCAAACACUGGGUCAGGAGGAAAUUUACUAUCUGAUAGUCUUACUGUUGAUGGUGUCGCGUCAGAUUGUAUUGUUGAAGGUGAAGUCUUAAAAUUGGGUGGACCAUUUUUACAAACAUGGCAGCGGAAACACUUGAGAUUAUUUCCAAAUCGUCUUGAACUGUACAACAAGUCCAGAGAUGGUUUAAUUCUUAAAAAAGGUGUUGAUCUUAUUUCAAUGCUUGAUAUUAAAGAAAUCUCUCCUGAAUUUUCACGUGUAUGUAAAAUGGAUAAUUGUAUUUCAAUCAAACUGAAAAAUGAUACACGAUUGUAUAUAACUUCAAACGACAAAAUAUUGAUUACACAAUGGAAAGAAGAAAUAUUAGAAGGUUAUCGAAUCUCAUGUGAACUAAUGGCACAUAUGAACAAGAAAGCGCAUAAAAUGUAUGGAGUUGUUGAUCCUGUAUCAAAUGCAGACAGUCAUCCGUCUGGUUGUAUAACUACUGUUACACCCGCACACACAUCAACUGUCGGCAUUGGUGGUAGUAAUGUACAGCCUCCUCAUGCUGCUAGUCGUUUCCCACAGAAAUCACAUUCACCCCCACAAGGUUCAUCCCAGCCUCGUCCUCGUUUAAGCCAUCAAGCAUCUAUGCCUUCUUAUCCAUCUGCAAAUCAUAAAGGCCAAGGUGCAUCGUUUGACUCUAUCACAGGUCCUAAGUCAGGUGGUGAUCAAACAGGCGGUGAUACAGAUGGAAAUCAAGAUAUGAAUGCACAGGAUGGGGGAGGUGGUGUUGUUAGUGAUAACAGUAACAAAUGUAAUUGA